GGGGCUCGGCGCGUGCCCAUUGGCGCUCUAGCAGAUCCGUUGGUGGAAAUGGUUCCUGCGUUCUCUGACAUUGCCGGUACUCAGGAGAAGGACUCUAGAGCCCUGUUCGAUAGCGCUGUGCAGGCAUCCGUAGCGCUUGGGGAAGCAGUUCGGCGAAGCUUCGGACCGAACGGUACUCUGAACCCACGUGCUUGUUUGUACCCCGCGCCGCGUGUGCAGCCAGCGCAACUUAUAGCGACAGUGUUGUUGUUCUGCGUUGUGUACCUCCAUGCACGGACUAUUUAGUAACCACCGAGCGUGUGUAUGAGUAGCCCUUUCCUACUACCGCUGCAAACACUGCACUACUAGGUAUUGACGUGCUCCUGGAGAGUUCAGAGGGACACGUGACCUGCAGCAACUGUGGGCGCCAAAUCCUCUCCUCCCUCUCCCUCUCCCACCCAGUUGGGUCCAUCAUUUCCAAAUCUGUUACCAACUACCACAACAAUACAGGAGAUGGAUCGAAGAAGAUGCUCUUGGUUCUAAGUGGAACAAUGAAAGAGCUGGGCUCAUCUGUCCACAGUCUCUCAAAGAUAGAAGUGUCUAAUGCGCUACUCUGGCUGAACCAGACUGUCAUUCCUGAAGUAACAGCUCGCCUCAGGAAAAAUAAGCCAAUCUGUCAAACAGCAAGAGACUCUGAAGACCUGAGACGUAUGCUGCUGAAAAUAGCCACCUCCUGCUAUGGGCACUGUUACAGGAGAGAAAUAUCGCAGAAAUUGGGAGAAAUUCUAUCAGCACUCGUCCACCAUUCGUUUUCCACGCUUCAUAACACCACUCCUCACUCCAUUGGAAAGUACGUGGAGUUCACUAGGAAGAACAUGGCGGUUCUUCUUGUUCCCCAACCCAGUCACUCCUUGUCGGCUGCCCGCACCAUUCCUGGCCUGUUAUUAGACCUUAACCUGGUCCACCCACUAAUGAGAGACCUGGUCACCGAAGAAUGGCAGACGAAAAGAGGCGGUGUUGGUAGGAAGUUACGGUGUCUCCUGGUGAGGAGUUGGAGUCCCGAGUCUGAUGAUGACCACCCCCUCCACUAUCUACCCCAGCUGUGUGUAAACAGUCUAGGCGGCGUUGCCAAAGUUGCUGAGAGUUUCUCCCGUCAACUUCAAGAAACUGUUUCGCUACUCAAGGCUGCUGAUAUACAGUUGAUCCUGUCUGGUGACAAGAUUCCUACCGGUGCAAGAUACGUUCUCAGGGAGCGCGGGAUUCUUGCAUUCGAAGUGGUUUCAGAGGGUUUUGUUGACGUGCUGUCUGAGUGUUGCUCCAUACAUCCUCUGUCUACAAUCCAUGAAAUGAGAGACUCAUCGUCUGCCAUAGGUUCCUCUGUCUGGCUCUCCUUCUCCCUCGUCUCCAUGGAAACCAACAAACAGUUCGUUUGUUUGGAGCCGCCUCCUGAAGUCCACUUACGUCCAUUGAGUGUGGUCCUCUGUGCACCGACAGCUGGUUUGUGUCGUCAGCUCCAGCAACGGCUCUCCAACGUCCUCCGUGUGGUGGGCGGAGUAUGUUGCCACGACGACGACGAUGACCCUCCUGCUGUCGUCCUGGGAGGCGGGGCCUGGGAGAUUGCACUGAUAAGAGAGCUGGAGAUCUUCAAGAAACACCAGAACCUCGUCAAAUAUUCUCCUAAGUGGGUAGCAGUGAAUGCCUUUCAGAAGGGGCUUCUGUCAGUCCCCCACUCCCUCCUCACCUCCUCUGUCCCCUCUCACGCCCGCAACCCCCUCUCCCUGCGCACCCUCUACUGUGGUUCCUUCACCACGACAGCAGACCUGCCUUACCUCGCCGUGGACUGCCUCAAUGGGGUUCUUGUGGAGGUUGACGAGCAGUGGCCUGUCCUGGAGCCAUUUUCCUCACAAUGCCACCUCCUCCAUGCAGUCCUCUCUCUGGCUGCACAACUCACAAGACUGGACCUCAUGGCACCUGCCUCCAAGUCACCGUCCACACACGAUAUCUAGAACUCUACUGGGAACACAAUUUAGGGGAUUCCUCAGUUUGCAAGAUCUCCACUUCACCAAAGAUCCUCCCUUUGCUUAUUAUACAUGAGAUUUCCUCCUUUUCCUUUGUCAAUGCAAAAAGGCAUUAUAAUCUUACUCCACGUAAGAAGUUUUGUGCAUUUGUGAACUCCAACAAUCAUUAUACUUGUUUGAGGGCUCCAUGUGCAGUAAUCUUAUAAUGUGCAGUAAUCUUGGUUUUGUAAAAGUCACUGAGACUGAGACUCUUAUGGAGUGAUUCAUGGUGUGCUGAUGAGAGGGCGGAGUGCAAGUUUCGUGAUCUGCUGGGGGUCUGGGAACCGCUCCGUCAGUAGAAUACCCUGGUCCUGGAACGAGUUCAGCUCAGACACGUACCCAAACCAGUAGAUGACCAGUCCAGACCCAAACCUGUUUUGGUAGGACCAGAAUUGGUCCUCCAUGUAUUGUUCGUGACAUGUACGGUCGCCGAAUGAAGCUUUGCUCUCGAUCCAGUUGACAAUGUGUCCAUCGACAGCUAUGGGCACCUCUAGCUUGAUAUCCGGUGUCUUGUCGUAGCCUCUGGCUCUCAGACCUUCUUCAUCUGGCCCAGGGAGGGGAGGGUAGUAAAAUUGAUGGAGGAGAGGAGAAAAGGGUUCUGCUGCUAAUUUUUACACAUAGGAGGCUUGGGGGUAGAGGAAGGCAGCUGAAUUGGGAAAGGAGAAGGGAGAGUGUGAUUAGAGCAAAACAGGCCCACCUAGGAACGGUACUGCCAGCUCCUGAACUUUCUCCCGGAGCAAGAACUCGUAUUCAUAGCCAACAGAUCUCUUGAUAUUGUCUGCCAAAGGUCCAUAGUGUGUGUCCUUAAAGAUGCAGGUUUUGAUGUGGAGCUGCAGGGUUGUGUCAGGAAUGGAGAGGGGGUUUUUCAUCCACUGGUUGACUAGAGUAGACACCGAUACUGUAGUGGGCGUGGUCACAACUUUGGUGGGUGUGGCUAAGGCGGCAGUAGAUUUGGUAAAAGUCAGUAGUGUAGAAGUGGUAGUAUUGGUAGUCAGUGGUGUAGAAGUGGUAGCAUUGGUAGUCGGUGGUGUAGAAGUGGUAGCAUUGGUAGUC